UGCUCUGUGUGCAACCGCACGUACUACGGCCGCGUCGGCGUGGCGUACGGAGUGGCCGUGCGGGGCAGCCCGCGCGCGCCUUUCCUCUGCCACCUCACGUUCACGGCGGGCGGCGGUGCGCACGGGGACCUCGUGCAGCUGGCCUUCGACGACUUCCGUGUGGGGCGCUACGAGGCGGGCGCGCUGGACGGCUGUCCGGACGGCUACAUGCAGCUGUCGGAGCUGGGCCGGCCCUUCACCGGCGGUUCUUGGUGCGGUGCAGCCGAGGGUGUCGCGCUCUACUACAGUGAAACGGCGACGGUCACGGUCUCGGUCAAACUGUUCCGUGCGCGCCUGGGAGAACCGUUCGGGUUUAAGUUGAGAUACAAAUUCCUAGCACAACGAGAUGCUAUAGUUAGGUUCGGCGCGCUGGAGGCCCCGCUGGAGCGCGGCGCAGUGUCCCCGGGCACGUACUGCACCCGCACGUACGAGGAAUGUCACCGCAAGCCAUGUCGACUGCAGAGUCCAAACUACCCUGGCAUGUAUCCUAGGAAUGUGACGUGCUACUGGAGCCUGCGCCAGAAGGACAUCCCGACCUGCAAGCACGCCAUGAUCUCGGUGCGGCAGGAGCACUCGCACAAGAUGCAGAUCAAGCGCUCCAUAUCUAUGGCCAGCCUGAACAAGACGGGUCGCGCGGUGCGGGCGUGGCGCGAGUGCACGGGCGAGCGCGACCGGCUGAUCUUCUACGACGGCGCGUCGACGGACGACCCGGUGCUGGUGGAGUACUGCGGCGGCGACUGGCUGCCGCCCGUGACGUCGCGCGGGCCCGAGAUGCUGGUGGCCUUCCACUCGUCGCCGUUCAGCGCGCCGCCGCGCGCCGCCGCACCGCACGCGCCGCUGCGCGGCUUCGAACUCGACGUCGACGUCAUUUUCGCCGACUCCGACUCGCUCGACUACGCGAGGGAAGCGCGGCGCUGCGAGUUCCACGUGAAGGCGUCGUCGUCGGAUGAGGAGCUGGGCGCGACGGGGUCGGCGGGCGCGGGGUCGGCCGGCGCGGGGGGAGGGGGCGCGGGCAGCGCGGCGCGCGGCCGCAGGGGCCGCCUGCAUGCGCCGACGCACACGCUGCCCCCUAACACCACCUGCUCGUGGACCUUCCACGGCAGACCCGGAGAUCUCGUGUGGAUAUACUUCUCAAGUUUCACGCAGUACUCGUUGGUAGAAAAUAGACGAGUGGAGAGCGGGGAGCGGGACGAGGAGAGCGCGAUGACGGCGCCGCCGCGGCUGCUGCUGGCGGCGGCGCGCGCGCAGCCCGGCGCCGCGUGCGCCGUGGAGCUGCGCGUGUGGGACGGCGGGGGCGCGGGCGAGGCGGGCGCACUGUUGGGCCGCUACUGCGAUGCCGCGCCCGCGCUGUGCGCUCGUGCCGCUCUCGCUAACGCCACACGCCUGCCGCGCCCUUGCGCCCCGCCGGACGGCUACGUGUCCGCCGCCUCCCUACUUUCUAUUUCGGCUACCACUUUGCCCGGAACGGCGACGCAUCCCUUGGCCUUCUCUUUGCAUUACGAGUUCGUGGACGCGAGGCUCGAGGGUAUAGCUCUACCUAUAUCCGAAACGCGGGUUCGCACGGAACCAGCUGAAUGCGCUCGUCGCUUGGUAGUCCCCGGCGCGUUCACGUCGCCUCGGAACGCGCUGUGGUUCGGGCGCGGCGGGGCGAAGCGCCUGCGCUGCGUGUACCGGCUGCAGGCGGACGGUGCGCAGGUGGAGCUGAGCGUGCUGGCGGCGGCGUUCGGGCGCGAGCCGCGCUGCGUGACGCGCGUGGACGCCGUGACGGGCCGCCCCACGUGCUCGCCGGAACCCGGAGAUACGCUCGAAGCGCGACCCAGCGAUGUGCCUCUAGAAUUUGACGACGUCGACGAUGAAGUUCCUUCCUACCUUCCACAUUUACGAAUUUACGAAUCGCCGUGGCCGGGGUACCGGGUGCCGGUGGCGUGCCUGUGCGACAACAGCAGCGCGCCGUGGAGCGCGGCGUCGGGCGGGCCGGCCGUGGAGCUGGAGCUGGUGGCGGGCGCGCUGAGCGCGGCGGAGGACCAGCGCCACGUGCACUUCCGCGGCGAGUGGCGGCGCCGCGCCGGCCCGCCCGACUGCGCCGCGCGCCGCCGCCUGGCGCCGCCCGGCCAGCACGUGCACCUGCUCUACCCCUACAGUUCAAACCGAAUGUCGGAGUGCGGCCCGGCGCCGUUCCUGCUGGCGGCGCGCGGCAACCGCUCGGUGUUCUUGCGCGCGUGGGGCGAGGAGCUGCCGCCCGGAGCCGAGCCCGCCUGCCGCACCACCAACCGCCUGCUCGUGUACGACGCGCACACCUCGCGUCUGGUGAAGGCGAUAUGUCCGGGAGACGACGACAGCCGCACGGUGCACGUGUUCUCCGAGGAGUGGUGGCGGCGCGGCGCCGGCCGCAGCGCCGCGCUGCUGGUCGCGUGGGCCGCUCGCGAGCCCGGCGCCGCGCACUUCGCCUGGAUGGAGGUGUGGCGCGCGGGCGGCGGCAACUCGUCGUUGUGCGCGCGCGAGUGCGCGGCGCUGGGCGCGUGCAUGGCGGGCGCGCUGUGGUGCGACGGCGCGGCGGACUGCCCGGGCGGCGCGGACGAGCGCGGCGCGUGCGGCGCGGGCGCGCGGCUGCUGGCGGCGCUGGGCGCGCCGGCGGCGGCGGGCGCGGCGGGUGCGGCGGCGGCGGCGGCGCUGCUGGCGCUGCUACUGGUGGCCGCGCUGCGCCGCCGCCGCGCGCGCCGAGACAAGCACCUGCUGGGCGCGCUGGCCGCGGGCCGCCGCUUCACGGAGGAGCUGUUGUACGACGGCUCGCGCGCCUCGUCGGCGGCGUCGUCCUGACGCCGCGAGCGCUCCGUCGAGUACAUCCAUGUGGACCGCGAGACCACAGUGUGACGGAGCGCGCCCGCUCGCCUCGCGCGCCUCGCGAGACGCCUCGUGAUAGAUUGACUGUUUCCGCACUCGACGUUGCCAAUUUUAAAGUAUUCACUGCCGAAAUGUCAUCUUAGGGUAUAAAUGUAACGUAAUACAGUGGUAAUACGAAGUCAUUAAGUAUAUUAUAUUUCCUUUACUUUCUAUCCGUUUUCUUGACUUAGAGGGAAAAGUGCCGCCCGGCAGUUGUGUUGUGAUAUGAGUGAAUUCAAAGAGCAAAUAAAUAUGCGCCAGAGAGUUACAUAUUUGUGUAUAAUGUAAUAUAUUGUAAGUACGUCUUCAGUAGGGUGGUGUACACAGUAGCGUCUAUGGAGUUACGUCGCACGUGGGCUCUCCGUGUGGCUGCGUGUUGCCGUGUAGCGCUUCGUAACAUGCUGAUGCGUGUUGACGAGUGUCGCGUAUUACCGCUUCAGGUUGCGUGUUUACGCAUGUUGUGACGGCACACGCAAGUCCGGAGGCUCACCGGCCGCGCGACUCUCUUAUGUUACCUUAUGUUGUUAUUGUUUGUGUAUAUUCUAUAAUGAUUUUGAUGAUCUAUCCCGUCCCUCGUUUUGACUUAAGUUGUGUAUCGUUAAUAUAAAUAU